AUGUGGGCGAAACUGGGCGGAAAUUGCAAACUCGCCUACAAGAACACAAAUCGGCCACUCGGAGGUUAGACCCUAACUCUCAACUAGCAACACACGUUGGGGAAACGGGGCAUACUUUUGACCUCCAGAGGGCUACCAUCUUAGGCCGAGGCAACACAAAAACAGAACGGCUAACUCUCGAGGCGUGGUUCUCCGAUGCCCACUCUAUCAACAGGCAUCUGGACCUUCCUGCAGCUUACAAAGUCCUACGUCAUCACAACCGUAGAGCUCAGGACCAAACAACCACACCGGACUUAAGAAGACAGCACGGAGAUAGCCCGACGCUGAGCUUACUCGGUGAGGAAGAACAAGAACCGCCAGACCGACCGCCCGACUAAAGUCCAAUCAGCUCCCCUCGACGGAGUGGUGACUCAUAAAGUGCACAGGCAAAAACGCCCGUCAACCAUUUCCUGAGAGGCCGACGCAGCGUGAGGAGAGAGAAAAAUCGAUCAGCAUGAGGCCGGCCAACACAGCUUGCCACUUUAAGUUAACUUUCUGACCGAUUAGGUGCAGUUUACGCUUUGACAAUGAAGAGCCGACCCAGCUCUUUGAAACGUCAGCAGUUAAAUAAACCUGUUCCGGAGAGCCAAUUUUCUUCUUCUUAUAAUCUUCCCGGAUCUCUAAACUUUUCCAAUCUGAGCAGAACCGUAUUUUGUAAGAGUGUACUGGCUAUUUUAAUUAUGUCAGCCACACCUGAUUAAUCUCAGCACCAGAUAGUUAAAAGACACCGACGUACUAGCAUUGUCUGAAGGAGGGAACCGGGUGUAAUUUUGACCCUGGGAACUCAAAUCUCACGGCACAUAAGCAAAGUGUGCGCGCAGGAUGUGGAGUGGAGAGCUAAGGUGCGAGCUCGACCGUUCCAUUCACCUGCGACCUCUCCCGCCUCCGAUCUUUUUGACUCUGUCUUGACAUUGGGUCCAGGUGGGGAGGAGGAAAGAGUGCCGUAGAUGCUGAGCAAGUCUUCAUUCACUAUAAACUAAAUCACGCACAUGUCACCGCCCUGAUCUCAAUUGGCAGUGGAGAACACGGUGGACGGCGUCGGAAACGACAGUCGAACUGUGAUCAGGGAGGGAAGAUUGGGUGUAAUUUUGACCCCGGGAACUCGAAUGCCACGACACAUAAGCAAAGUGAGCGCGCAGGGACGGUUGAUUGCACGUGAUGUAGUUUAUGGUGAUGGUCGACCUGUGCUGUAUCUCCCAUACUGUCGCAUUCAUUAAACACCAGGUCAGCGUACGAUGAACCAGGUUUUCAUUACAAAGAAGCCAGGGGCGGCUCAGAUCUGAACAGAGUAAAACUGUCAUAGGGGCCACAUUAUGAAGUAGCUAUUACAUAAUCGUAUUUUGAAAGCGUAUAAUGGCUGUUUUAAUUAUGUCAGCCACACCUGAUUAAUCUCAGCACCAGGUGGUGAAAAGAUAUUGGCGUACUAGUUUUCUCUGUGAGGGGGAUGCAGGGGUGGCCGCGGUGGGUCCAAGUGCCCGUCGCAGUAUGUCGUUCACUUGCUUGCAGGUAUAGACUACGCCUAGCGUCCAUUUACGGGCCCAAACUCUCACAUGUGGCUCCCCGAAGCUAGGCUCUGCCUAGCGGCCACACCCCCAUAACCACCUCGACCGGCCGGCUAAACCAGGUGAAAGUAUCCGUGACUGCGUCUUCGCACACUGUAACUCGGCUCCACUGGCCGGAUGAAUCACCGCCUCGGUAUCUCCGAGACGGGACUCCAUCUGUAACACCGCAGGAGGCCACAAGGUAAGUGAGCCCUAUGGUAAGCAGACAUUGCUCUACCGUCUUUGCCUUGCUUUUUCUUGCUUGCUUUAUUUUUGUCUGCUUGUUUGUGUUUGUCCUUGUUGUAAAGUAAAUGCCAUUCCGUUGGAUGUCCUGUGUCUGCCUUCGUUUCUGUUUAUUCUUGCUCGACUGCCCUUUGCCUGCUUGUUUCUGUUUGUCCUUGUUGUACUAUAACUACCGUUUUUUUGAACCUCUUCGCUUACCGCUUAUAUAUUUCAGGAACCAGUUCGCUUAGAGAAGAACAGGAAAGCUCCGCUUCCCGUCUCUAUACCCUACCUCUUCCCCCUCCCCCUUAAAGUCUUACAGCAAUGUUGUAGGCAGGCCCAGGCUAACUCGGGUCGUUCUUCCAUUAAAGAAAAUUUGUGGCUCCUAGUGGAGUUCAGCAGCCGUCUGGGACAAUUUAGCAGUCCUAUGCAGGGAGGGCACUGCUCACCCCCGCGAGGGGGAAGGGGCUAGAAAAGGUGCCCUAAACAAAUACUGGAGACCCACGCUGUCUGAAGACUGACCGUGGUCUCAGACGCAAAACUCAGCGUUGAAACAAUCAAACAAAAACAACACUCUCACUCUUCUCCCUCGCCUCUCCACAGCCCCACUCGCCAGACAGGUAGGGUGAGUCCGCUCACUCGGGCAGCCUGGAAUGUUCAUUCCUCUUUAGACAAUCCGAGGACCAACUGACCGGGACGGAGGACGGCGCUAGUGGCUCUGGGAAUUGGCGCGCUACAGUAAAACCCGGUUCUCCGAACAAGGCCAGCUGGAGGACGCGGGUGCCGGCUACACCUUCUUCUGGAGCGGUCGUCCCAGGGCAGAGCGACGGGACGCGGACGUCACCUUUAACAUCCGGAAUGACAUCGUUGGACAACUGCACUGUCUGCCGCAAGGUAUCAAUGAUCACCUGAUGAGCCUCCGCCUGCCUCUCCAGGGAGGCAAAUUCUCCACCAUCGUCAGUGUCUACGCUCCCCAGAUGAACAGUCCUGACGAGGGGAGGAACAGAUUCUACAAGGACCUGCAUGCCCCCCCCCUGGCGUCUGUGCCGAAGGCGGAUAAGUUGAUUGUCUUUGGUGAAUUCAACUCUCGCGUCGGCACAGACUGUGCUGCCUGGAGAGGAAUGCUGGGUCCCAUGGUCUCGACGGCUCCAUUGGCAAUGGCCUGCUCCUACUACGAACCCGUGCAGAGCACCAGCUCCUCCUGA